ACAGACGAAUGGGAGGUGAAGAAUAAAACUCCAGAGAACGUUAUUCAAGUCCUUCGUGUGGGUCAGGCCCUGUUGAAGAUUAAAGAUCAGCAGGUUACUGUUGCUGAAAACUUUGUUGAAGACAUCAGUCUACAGCAUGCCAGAACUGAAAAAGAACUUCUUCAAAAAGUGUCCAGGCUGGAACAAGAACACAAGGUCCACAAGGCUCAGCAGUUCGGCACCGGGCCAGACAGCCGCUUCUUUAGGGAUGAAAUUCGUCAUCUCGAGGCCCAGCUGGAGCAAAGGGAGAAGGAGUUGAUCCAGCAAAGGAAAGAAAUGGGCAAGGAAAAGAAAACCAAUGAAGAGCUGACUGGGCGAUUAGAAGAGGCCACAGAGGAGGUGAAACUGCUGAAAAGAGAGGUACCAAACGUCACAUGA